AUGUUAGUGGCAAGUAAAGGAGUGUUAGUUCAAUGUGAUCCUUCCAUACGGGCAUUGAUUUUACAAAUUGAUGCAGAGAGUCCUGGUAUUGUCUUGGAAGAAUUAGAUGACACACAUUUGUUGAUACAGCAUGAUAAGGUUCAAAUUGUCAAGAAUGAAUUAAAUAAGCUUUUGUCCAAGAAUAUUUAUAACCCAUUUGAUGAAGAAUAG